AGCAAAAGUUUGACUAUAGAAUUGACAGAAUUGAAUUUACUACAAACGUUAGGAGUCAACAAAUUUAAUUGAGAAAAUGGAGCAACGUUUGCAUAGACGACGUCGCACGCGCAAGAAGCCAAAGUCGCUGUUCAACAAACUGCUGGGAGACUGGCGCCCCAAACUGGGCGCAACUACAAGUUGCAGCUACAAGCAGUUGCUGCUGAAUCAGCUGCUGCCACUGCGGCGAUUCUUUAAGAGCUCGAAGCGGGUGGUGAAGCGUUGCACCAAGCCGGAUCGCCGGGAGUUUCGACGUGCGGCGCUGGCCACUGCUGUGGGAUUUCUUAUCAUGGGCUUUCUGGGCUAUGGCAUAAGGCUGCUGCACAUACCGAUUACAAAUAUUAUUAUGGACUGAGACACACACACACACAGAGUCAGAGACUAAAAAUAAAACUACAAUUCAAUU